CUUGAUUGACUUCAUUCGUUGAUCCAUUACUUUCUUCUCCUGCGAGCGGAGAAACAAUCGACAAUGCCACAUCGGUAACCUUGCUUCAGAUUCUAUGUAUACAACCCAGCAACAACACGACAGCAUCCGUCUGGUUCUCCUCUCUCUCCGAGCACCUCGAUAGACCUUUCUGCCACGACGGCAAAUCCCCCUGCGGCUGAUAAUGGCAUCCAAAAUGGCCACCAAUGGUCCUCACUCCGCGGGUAUCUUCGCCGACAUGACUGUGGACGGGCCCGAAAUAGGUACUCUUGUGCUGGUGGUGGAUCGUGCAAAGAACUUGCCCAACCGGAAGACUAUGGGCAAACAAAAUCCAUACUGUGCGGCGAGGUUGGGCAAAGAAGCGCGAAAGACAGAGACGGAUCGUCGAGGUGGACAAACGCCGAAGUGGGACCAGGAACUUCGCUUCACCGUUCACGACUCGCCCGACUACUACAACCUCAAAAUUUCCUGCUUCAGCGAGGAUAAGCGAACGGACCUCAUUGGAGAAGCUUGGGUUGGUCUGAACGAUGUCAUUGUACCCGGAGGAGGAAAGGCGGAUCUGUGGCAAUCGCUCAACUGCAAAGGAAAAUACGCUGGCGACUUGCGGAUAGAGUUGACGUACUACGAUUCACGAGAGAAGCCGGUCAAGGGAGAAGAGAUUGUGUCUGUGGCGGAUGAGUUGAAGCAACAAUAUGGUGGCCUGCAGCCGAAGGUGAAGAGGAGGCCACUGCCGAGCAACCCAAAUGCUCCCGUCACGACACCUGUGGUUAUACCCGAGCGUCCGCAACCCGGAAGGGCGAAACAUGGACCACGAGAUCUGCAAAUGCAUGCUCGUACGAGCUCGAUGCCGCCGCAGACUUUCAACUAUCCUCACUCGGCAGCGACGCUGACAGGACAUGGCCCACUCCACCAGGAUAGUCCUGUGUCGGCGCACGACCAGAGUCAGCAAUUCGGAGAAUACGAUGCCAACCCAGAUCCGGAGGUCUACGACCCUUACGCCAACCAAGCAAUGCAACAACCAGACUUCCUGCCUCAACUGGCGCCGAGCAGUCGUCAGCGUGGUCUGCCUGCUCAGCCUCGAUUUGCGCAGAGACAGCAGAGUCAUCCUAUUCCGCAACCUCAGCCGCCACAUCAACAUCCACAAUCGUUGCGUCCGGCGAGCCACAUUGGUCUGCCGCAUUCGCACUCCGCACCAGCUGCGCCUACAUUGCAUGCGGAAAACCACGAAUAUGAGAAUGCGGGCUUCCCGCCUCAGUCGAACUGGCCGCAGCAGAUUCCGGAUGUCGAAUAUCAAUACCAGCACCUUCGGCAGCAGAGGAGGAAUGAUGUGCCUCCGGGUUGGGAGCAGGAAUAUGGUUCUGCACAUCCUAGUGUGCAGCCAUACGUCGAGAAUGACAUAGCAUCGUCUCCGCCACCACCGCCACCUCCGAUGCACUCCAACAGCUCUCCAGCUGUGCCGAAUUAUGCGUCCACGCAUGCUCAUCCGUAUCAGACUCCCACCGCGAGAUACGGAGCUACACCGCCAAGUGUGAGACAGCAACACAUGCAUGGUUCUUCUCCUGUACAGAGCAUUGAGCGCGGCUACACGCCGCCUCGGACAGCUCCCCUACGCGCGCCUCCUGCUAGAGCUGGCUCCAUGGAUGAAUACGGCAACUCGCCGUAUGUCCGGAGCUACGAAUCAACGCCAAAUCUCACUCCACAGCAUCAAGCAUCUUCACCUAUCGGACAAGGUCUUGCGGGUCGUCGCAGUUUUGUCGAUUCCAGCACGCCGACUCGACCUCAUCCUCUUUCGCAGCAAGUUCCUCGAGCGAGAAGCCCAAUGCCGUAUCACCGCGGCGCUUCCGAACCACCACAAGAGUAUCACGGCCGUGAACAGAAUCCACCUGUCAAACCUCGGGCUAGCUCACCGCAACCGCCGGCUGCCCGAUCAUCCGCCGCCAGCAAGCCCACCAAAUCAAGCUUUUCGAUCCAAUUCCCGGUCCGCGCCUUUGAGUCGGCGGAUGGUUCUCCUCUCUCUACCUCUCAAGCUUCACCGACUCGCGUCCUUCCAACCCGCAUGGCUCCAACUCCCGUUCGCAAGUCUGUCUCUCCACGCCCGUCCUUCUCGGAGUCUCCCGCCAUCCCAUUCUCGCCCGACUCUUUCGACGUCCACCGUCCCACUUCGGACCUCGGACAGGCCUCCAAUGGACCCAUCGUCGGCUGGCACGGCCAAGAGAUAGAUCCUUCGGACCAUCUGCCUGUCGAAGCCUGGGCUCCGGAGCCGACACCAAAGGGCACGAGUAACGUCGGACCAAAGACGUAUGGCUUAGGACGGGACCGGGACUUCGGUCCGAGAACGGCAAUUCCGAGCACGGGAGGCAGAGUGGGUAAAGACACAGUGAUCAACGUACGUCUGAAGGCAGCGAGCCAACCCCCUCCGGAGCCAGCACAGCAAGGCAGGAAUCGAUUGCAGAAGAAGAAUUCCCCGGGUCCCGCGCAGAGCCCAGGAGGGCAGGACUUCCGCAGUCAUGAAGGAUUCAGCCCGGUGCCGAAUCCGUAUGAGAGGUCGUAUGGCUCGCCAUCACAGCCUCAAUAUCAGCAGCAACACCCGUUCUCUCGAUCCCUUGGAGGUGGAAGGGAGAGCAGUGCGCCACCAAGCGUGCCGCCGAAAGUCCCGCUUGGCUCGUCGUAUGGUCAGCAGCCAGUCGAUGAUUACUAUGGGACUGAUGCGUUGACUCGCGAGAUUUCGAGUAUUGACCUUGGAGCGAGGAGGAGAGAGAGAUUGGGAAGUGCGCCGCCGCCUGAGACUGGCGCAGGAAUGGGGAGAGACCCGACGAGGGAGGCGAGGUUUGUACCUGUUAGGAGUCAUCGGGAGAGGGGGAGUUUGUGGUGA